UUCAGCAUGUUUAGGUAACAUUAUUCUUAACAGUUCAAAAGGUAAAGUCUACUGGUGGUAUGAGACUAAUCUAUCCUAUCUACUUCCCUUUUUCGUCAGAAGCAGCCAACGCUCUUAGAUGGUGUCACUCACAAUCGAGAGCACUGCCGUGUUUUGUUUGGGUGUGUUUCAGCUGCAUGACUGCAGCAGUGCUGAGACACUGAGCUGCAGCAUAUGAGCACAUAUAAACACGUUUCCUCAUACAAAGGCACACGAGAGGGAGAAACAACCCUGGCUUGGCUGAUGUGUGGAUGCUGCUGCAUUCUCACGCAUGCAUGCACACAUCUGCACGCUGUGGCACAAACACAUGGUUGACACGCAAAUCCUGCUCACGCAACCCCCCACCCCACACCCUCAAAAGCCAGACAUCAAUACGCAACAGCAGAUUUGGGCGCAGACGGUGGAUUAGAGCGACAAUAGGGAAUUACUUCUAUGGGAUGGAAAAGGAUGGGUUUUAUUCUAACAAACAAAUAUCAUGUCUGCAUUUUGAAAAAUAAAGUUUGAUGUCAGAUUGUCACCAUAACAUGUACAUAUAUUAAGACAAUUAUUCUAAACCCCAACAUGCUUAGUUCAAAGGUCACAUCACUUCGUAAGGCAAAAAACAGGCUACGCUUUGAUUCUUUGCUCUUACUAUGGAGACAGACAAAGGAUGGAGAAGUAGAGAUUGUAACUGUAAUCAGUAAUAACAUAAGAUAUAAGUUAGGAUAGGAUAGAAGUUAUUACGUAUUGAAGUUUCAUUUUUGUUUACCUCGAUUUUAUUUUGAAAGUGGGCUUAUUUUGAAGGCGCUUUAAGAAGCCCGAGGGAAAACGAAACUUAGGCAGAAGUGAAGAUGUAACUAUUGAUGUUAGACGUAAGACUUGGUUGAUAUUGAAGUAUCUUAUUCCCUCUACCGGCAAGCAGCCAACGAGUUUUCACGGUGGUGAUGGUGAUGACGAUGGAGCGAAGUUCACAAUAAACAUCAGUAAGGAAGCCGCUGGUGUCUGUUUUUGCCUAGAGGGGAUUACAGUGAAAACUCGGACUGCUCUCCGACGCGAGUGAAACGUGACCUGCUGUUUGACACUAAGGACCGACAGAUGAGUCGACAUGCGUCAUACCCACACAAGCAGCAAGAGUAGGCCCAGGCUUUGAAGCGCAACGUGUUACGUCAAAGUCAGAACUCGGACGCUGAAAGUUAAGAGCGGUCUAAGAAGUUGCAAUUAAGUGCAACCUAAGGUACUGGGCAUAUUAUUAAGCGUAGUGUGGGUUGAGAGUGUGUUGGUUUAUUUGCUAAGGGCAUAAGCAAGGUUAACACCAUUAAAAUAUUAAGGUUUAAGUAAGUGUUCAACAAGUCUGUUUAAGUGAAUGUUAUUAGACAUUUAAGAGUAAGUUCCAGUGUUCAUAAAGGUUAACGAGAGUUAGAGGUUAACAUAGGAGUUUAAUUUACUUUAAGAACUACAUUGUGUGUUAUACAUGUUAAGCUAACAAUGUCAGAAGCAGGUGAAGCCAUAGCUCAGUGUAGGGAAAGCGUAACCUCUAAAGAGGAAUAUGAAGCAAGUGGUGCUGAAGACCAACCAGAGCAGUCACUAAGACGGAGUCAAAGAGCAAGAACCCUAACAGAGAAGGCUAGAGAAUUGCAAGCGGAGAGGAUUAAAGCUCUUCACCAACGAUUCACCUAUAUCUAUGCAAAAUGGAGAACACAAGUUAAGUCAGCUAAGCAGUCUUUAUCACAAACAGAGGCCUUAUCUGAUGAUCUGUUGAAUGACAUCAUAGGUGAUGUCACAGGUCUUUUAGCAGACGUCCAGCGUGUCUAUGAGGAUCUACGCAAAGUGACAGCUCCGAAUCAGGAAGCACGCAGGAGAGUUGAUCAAUGCGUGGAGAUUUCAAAGUUUAUUGUUGACACAGCUGCAGGUCAAUUAGGUAGAAAGCUCCCAGAAGAAGGUCAAGAAUGGCCAGAAGGGGGCUCUGUCUUUGACUCAAGCAUCUGUAAGUCAGGAUUUGUCAUGUCUAUCCUGAAAGGUGCCUCAGAUCGUUCAAACAGGUCUUCAAUAAAACGCCAAGAAGCUGCUGCUGAUGUUGCUGCAAGCCAGGCUGUUCUAGAAGUAUUAGAAGAGCAAGAAAGAGAGCAACUAGAAAUACAGCACAUAGAAGCAGAAGUCAAAAGGAAGAUAGCUGAGCAAGAAGCAGCAGACAUAAAGUGGCGCUUGAAACGAGAAGAAGAAGAAAUCAGAAUGAAAUCACAGGUAGAACAAGAACAUUUAGCGCUGCAAAAGACUUUAGAGGAGAAAAGGAGAAGAAUACAGCAUUUGGAGGCAGUAAAGAAUUUAAGUGCAGCAAGAGCAAGAAUGCUAGUUUAUGAUCAAUCACAGGAUGUAGAAGAAGAGCGGAAAGAUGUGUUGGAAAAGACAGUAACAGUUAACAAAGUGCCUGUGUCUACAAAUCCUGUCUCCGCACAAGGAUCAUCUAAGCCAGCAGCCAAGAUCUUCUCAUCAAAUGAGGACACGGUAGAGCUUGUGAAGGUGCUGGCAAGCGCGUUAAGCUCCAACAGAAUUCCUAUUCCGGAACCUUCGGUUUUCAGUGGAGACCCUUUGUCAUACAAUGACUGGAAACUCUCUUUCAAGGCACUGAUUGAUCAAAAGAACAUUCAAGAAAAAGAGAAAAUAUAUUAUCUCCGUAGAUAUGUUAGUGGACAAGCUAAGAAAGCACUUGAUGGAUAUUUCCUACUUGGAACUGAGUCUGCUUAUGCUGCUGCAUGGGCACUUCUGGAGGAAAGAUACGGAAACCCAUUCACAAUCGCAAAGGCUUACAGAGAUAAGCUCCAAGCAUGGCCUAAAAUAGGAAUCAAAGACAGUUUUGACCUCAGAGAGUUUGUUGAUUUCCUUCGUAGUUGUGAGGCUGCAAUGGUUCACAUUAAGGCUUUGGAAAUCUCAAACGACUGUAAUGAGAACAGGAGAAUCCUGUCAAAGUUACCAGAUUGGUUAACAGCAAGAUGGAAUCGGAAGACGAUCCAGAGAUUCGCAAGACUCUUGUGUGUAACACCAAAACAACGGAAUGCAGAUCACUGUUGGAUCGUAUGCAGAAAUUCUCUGAUUGGUCAAGAGUAGUAAGAGCUGUUGCUAGACUGAAACGACUUGUGC